AUGGCCUCCCUCGCGCGCUCUGCCCGCCUCGCAUCUCGCGCUCAGGCCUCUCGCCGCGCCUACUCCGUCGUCGUCGACGCGCCCCCGGCCCAGUGGGUCGCAAAGCGCGAGGAGAUCAAAGCCCACGCCAAGGGUACCACCCAGCUCUGGCGCCGUAUCUGCUUCUUCGUCUGCGUCCCCGGUACCGUCGCUACCAUCCUUUGGGUUCGCAACGUCGAGGCCGAGCACGCCGCGCACAUUGAGCACGAGAAGCACGAGAACGGUGGCAACCUCCCUGAGAUUCCAGCGUACGAGUACCUCAACAAGCGCCAGAAGCCCUUCCCUUGGGGCAUGAACUCGCUGUUCUACAACCCCGCGGUCAACAAGAACAUGGAGGAGUCCGAGUGA